UCUUCUUCUCUUCUUCUUUCGUUUUAGUGUUUGGAGAGAAUACCAACAAACAUCAUGGAUAACUUCCAAACCGUGCUGCGUUUUUUCAUGAACCAAAAGGCCACGAUUGGAUACAGCUUCAUGGCUCUUCUGACGAUCGGAGGAGAGCGAGUCUUUUCUAUGGUUUCAUUCCAGUGCCCCUGUAACCAUGACCAAAACUUCGCCUAUGGAAUGACGUUUUUGCUCGGUCCUGCAGUGGUUUUGUUUGUUCUGGGUCUUUUUAUGAGCACACGUAUGUGGAGACUCUACACUGGAUGCUGCUUAAAUCCGAUGAAACUUUGCCCUCGUGGGAAUUGCUUCCCCUGCCUCCGUGUUUUCCUGAGUAUCUUCUCGGGGGCGUGCGUUGCUCCGAUCAUGUGGCUGUCGGUGGCGCUGCUGAAUGGGACUUUUUACGAGUGCGCUGUGAGUGGCCUGGAUGAAACCGUUGUGGUCAAUCUGUUUUGUGUGAAUAAGACGUUGAAAUGCCGAGAGGAACUGGCCCAUGUCCCCUGUGACCGCUCCAAACUGACACCCAACGAGAGGAUGGAGCUGCUUCUCAUGUUCAGGUCGCAGUCACAGAUCUUGGGCUGGUGCAUCAUCAUCGUGGCGGCGGUGGUGGGUCUGUGCGGGACCUGCUACACAAACUGUCGCUCCAAAGUGAGUUACCUGCAGCUGACCUUCUGGAAACGCUACGUGGAGAAGGAGAAGGAGCGCUUCGACUCGUUCGCCGUCGACUACGCCACUAAACUCGCCGAGAGAAAUCUGGAGAGCUUUUUCGAAAACAAGGACCCAGCGCCGUUCCCUUUCCCCAACCACCGCGCCUGGGAAGAGAUCUCCGAGCUCUACACAUUCACCCGGAGCGAGCAGUGUUAUAGCACCCUCCAGCGGUACGUGGAGAGAACUGACCGCGACUACAGCCCCGAGAAGACGCCCGUGAUGGACGCGGAGUAUGGAUUGGAAAUGAGCUAAACAAGCCCUGGUUUAGAACUGGUUUAGACCUGAUUUAGACCUGGUUUAGACCUGGUUUAGUCCUGGUUUAGACCUGGUUUAGACCUGAUUUAGACCUGGUUUAGACCUGAUUUAGACCUGAUUUAGACCUGGUUUAGACCUGGUUUAGACCUGAUUUAGACCUGGUUUAGACCUGAUUUAGACCUGGUUUAGACCUGAUUUAGACCUGGUUUAGACCUGGUUUAGACCUGAUUUAGACCUGGUUUAGACCUGGUUUAGACCUGGUUUAGACCUGAUUUAGACCUGGUUUAGACCUGGUUUAGACCUGGUUUAGACCUGAUUUAGACCUGGUUUAGACCUGAUUUAGACCUGGUUUAGACCUGGUUUAGACCUGAUUUAGACCUGGUUUAGACCUGGUUUAGACCUGGUUUAGACCUGAUUUAGACCUGAUUUAGACCUGAUUUAGACCUGAUUUAGACCUGGUUUAGUUCUGGUUUAGUUCUGGUUUGGUUCUGGUUUAGUCUUGGUUUAAAUCUGGUUUAAACCUGGUUUAGACCAUGUCUUAGAACUGGUUUGGACCUGGUUUGGUCCUGGUUUGGUCCUGGUUUAGUCCUGGUUUAGACCUGGUUUAGUUCUGGUUUGAUUCUGGUUUUUUAGUCUUGGUUUAAAUCUGGUUUAAACCUGGUUUAGACCAUGUCUUAGAACUGCUUUAGACCUGGUUUACACCUGGUUUAGACCUGAUUUAGACCUGGUUUAGUCCUGGUUUGAUUCUGGUUUAGUCUUGGUUUAAAUCUGGUUUAAAUCUGGUUUAGACCAUGUCUUAGACCUAGAUUAGACCUGGUUUAGACCUGGUUUAGACCUGGUUUAGACCUGGUUUAGAUGUGGAUUAGUGAUAGUUUAGUUCUGGUUUGGUCUUACUACAUCCCCAAGAAGCGACCCAUGGUGAACAUGGAUCAUGGCAUUAAGAAGUCCUGGUUUAGUCUUUUUUUACCAUCAAAAAGAGGAUGACGUGAUGAACAUGGAUCAACAUGAGCUCGAGGUUACUAAACCAGGACUAAACCAGGACUAAAACAGGGCUGCCAUGGUCUAAACCAGGUCUAAACCAGAUCUAAUGUGGGACUAUCUCUGGACGUCUCUCCUCUGAUAUUUGCCCUUUGACCUCUGAGUUCUAAAUGAGUCUUUUUUUACAGUUGCACUUUUUACGACAAGAUUUAUGUGGAUUUUAUUUCACCUUUUAGUUCACAAUUAUUAAAGCUGCUCUAUGUAACUGUCACCUUUUUGUCUCUAUGGAGAUAUUAUUGGAGCCAAGCAGGAGACGCCAGUCAGCCAAGUUACAAAUCAGAUCUGUGGAGAGGCAAGCCAGUAAUAAUGCAUGUUUUUCAAGUUAUGUAUUUGUGCAAUAAAAACACAAUAGAUACGUUUACCUGUGGAACAUUUCAGGUAAAGCAAUAACAUCUCCGUGGAGACAAGUAAACACUAGAAAAGGGACAUAGUGCAGCUUUAAAGUCCUUCAAACAAAGUUUGUAUUAAUGUCUAGGCUACUGUGAUUUUAACUGCUCUGGAUUAUUUGAUGAGACCAAAGAUACUAACAUUGAGCACAAGGGGGCAGUACAAGCACAAAGAAACAUGAUUUUCAUCAACACUAAAGGGGAAACUAAGACUAAAUGAGGAAGCUAACACCACAUGAGGAAACUAACACCUAAAGAGUUAACUAAAACUUUAAGAGGAAAAUAAUAUUAAAUGAGGAAACUAACACUUAAUGAUGAAAAUAACAUGAAAUGAGGAAACUAACACUUAAUGAGGAAAAUAACACUAAACGAGGAAAUUACCACUAAAUGAGGAAACUAACACUUAAUGAGGAAACUAAUACUUAAAAAGGGAACUAACCCAUGACCAUGGUCCUAUGGUCAUGAGCUCUGGGUAAUGACCGAAAGGACAAGGUCGCGGAUACAAGCGGCUGAAAUGGGUUUCCUCCGCAGAGUGGCCGGGCGCACCCUUAGGGAUAGGGUGAGGAGCUCGGUCACACGGGAGGAGCUCGGAUUAGAGCUGCUGCUCCUACACCUUGAGAGGAACCAGCUGAGGUGGCUCGGGCAUCUGCUCAGGAUGCCUCCUGGACGCCUCCCUAGGGAGGUGUUCUGGGCAUGUCCCACCGGGAGGAGGCCCCGGGGAAGACCCAGGACACGCUGGAGGGACUAUGUCUCUCGGCUGGCCUGGGAACGCCUUGGGGUCCCACCGGAGGAGCUGGAGGAUGUGUCCGGGGUGAGGGAAGUCUGGGAGUCCCUGCUUAGACUGCUGCCCCCGUGACCCGGCCCCGGAUAAGCGGAUGGAUGGAUGGGAACUAACCCUUAAAAACACCUACACACUAAAGAGGAGGUAUUCUGGACUUUUUUUUUUUUUUUUUUGCCAUGUUCUAACGCUGUUCCCUUAUGAAAACAUCAAGAGGUUUUAGAUGUUUUUUUAAUACUUUAUUUAUAUGAUAGACACAGAGAGUAUGUUUACAUAUUUGAACAUUUUUAUGCAGAAAAAAAUAAAAUACUUUACCGCU